AUGGCCAGCCCCUCGCCAGCGCCACCGACCUUCAUCUCUGCGCUCGACAUCGUCUUCUCGGACGACGAGGACUCGUCUGCGCCCCCAGCGUCGACGAGGAUGGCCAAAGCCUCAUCGGCGCAAGGAGGCGGCAGCUCGACGGCCAAGCCGACCAUGACGACGGGCGCCGCGAGCCGCAUGAACGUCCGAGCUUCCAAGGCGACAGCUCUCGCGGCCAUGGCGGCCAAAGCAGCAGCGGCCGCCGCCGCCGGCGAGCCUGCCCCUCCUUCUUCCGCCUCGACCGCUGCGACGCCGCCGCCGGUCGUCAAGAAGGAGGAGAUCCUCGGCGCGCACCCGUCCAAGAACCCGUACCGCCAGCAGUUCACCCUCCCGCGAGCGCCGCCUCUCGACUACUCGACCCUGCGCAUGGAGGCGCCUCGACUGCCCAACCCGCCGCCGCGCGACAAGCCCCGCAUGUUCGAGCUCGAGGAGGCGCCCGUCUACUUCCCGACCGUCGAGGAGUUCGCGCACCCGAUGGAGUACAUCGAGCGCAUCGCGCCCGACGCGAGCGAGUUCGGCAUCUGCAAGAUCGUGCCGCCCGAGGGCUGGCGUCCUUCGUUCGCCAUCGACAGCGAGACGUUCCGCUUCAAGACCCGCCUGCAGCAGCUCAACUCGAUGGAGGCGUCGGCGCGAGCGAGCCUCAACUUCCUCGAGCAGCUGUACCUGUUCCACCGCCAGCAGGGCAGCUCCGGCAUGACGCUCCCGGCCUUUGGCGGCAAGCCUGUCGACAUGUGGCGCCUCAAGCGCGAGGUGACCGACCUCGGCGGCUAUCACGCUGUCACGCACGACCGCAAGUGGUCGACCGUCGGCAAGCUGCUCGGGUACAACGUCGCCCUCAAUACGAGCGUCUGCACCCAGCUCAAGAACGCCUACCACCGCAUCAUCCUCCCGUUCGACGAGUACACCCAGCGCGUCAAGCUCGCCGGCGGCCCUGCUCCUCCCGACCCGGUCAAGGAGGCCGUGUUCGCCGCCCAGGACGCCAAGUCGGCCGAGAUGAAGGCGUUCGCCAACAAGCUCGCCACGUCGCCGCCCGUCGGGUCCGACUCGCUCGCCACGCCGUCGUCCGAGGCCGGUCCGAGCCGUCGCGCCGACGAGUCGCCCGACAAGGUCCGCACGGCGUCGGACAAGAUCCAGGAGGACCGCGAGUUCAAGCUCAGCACGCGCUCGGCUAAGGACACUCGCACGCCCGGCGAGUCUUGCGAGUUGUGCGAGCUCGACCACGACCCGGACCGCAUCGUGCUGUGCGAGGACUGCGACCGCGGCUACCACCUCGAGUGCCUCACGCCGCCGCUCAAGCAGGUCCCGGCGUCCCAGUUCUACUGCAACCAGUGCCUCCUCCUCAACGGCGCCGACUACGGCUUCGAGGAGGGCCAGGACCACAGCCUGUACAGCUUUCGCCGCCGCGCCGACGCCUUCAAGCGCAAGUGGCUCCAGGACCACCCGCUCCCCGAGCGCAAGGGCAAAGGGCGCGCCGAGGACGGGCCCAACGGCGCGAGCGCCGACCAGGACGACGUGUGGGGCGAGCAGCUCGCGAUCGAGGACCACUUUGAGCGCGAGUUCUGGCGUCUCGUCGAGUCGCCGCAAGAGACGGUCGAGGUCGAGUACGGCGCCGACGUCGCGUCGACCAAGGACGGAGCCGGCUUCCCCAACCUCGAGGUGCACCCGAACGACCCGUACUCGCGCGACGGGUGGAACCUCAACAACCUCCCGAUCCUGUCGGGCUCGCUCCUGCGCUACGUCAAGUCGGACAUCUCGGGCAUGACGAUCCCGUGGAUCUACGUCGGCAUGGUCUUCUCGACGUUCGCGUGGCACAAGGAGGACCACUACAGCUACAGCAUCAACUACCACCACCUCGGCGACACCAAGACGUGGUACGGCAUCCCGGGCGAGGACGACGAGAAGCUCGAGGCGGCCAUGAAGCUCGCCGCGCCCGAGCUGUUUGAGCAGCAGACCGACCUCAUGUUCCAGCUCGUCACGCUCAUGAGCCCCGGGCGGCUCAAGGAGCACGACGUGCGCGUCUACGCCGUCGAUCAGCGCCCGAACGAGUUCAUCAUCACGUUCCCGCGCGCGUACCACUCGGGCUUCAACCACGGCUUCAACUUCAACGAGGCCGUCAACUUUGCGCUCCCCGACUGGCUCGACAACGGCCUGCGCUGCGUCGAGCGGUACCGCGACAUCAAGAAGAACCCCGUCUUCAGCCACGACGAGCUCCUCAUCACGAUCUCGCAGUGGGAGAAGGACCCUCGCACGUCGCGGUGGCUCCUCGCCCACAUCCGCGAGAUGGUCGACCGCGAGCUCGGCGCGCGCGAGGUCCUGCGCUCGAGCGACUCGGCCCCGGACGAGGUCGUCGAGGCGUGGGACCGCGACGAGGAGGACUACCAGUGCCAGCACUGCAAGUGCCUCGCGUACCUGUCGCAGGUCGUCACGGACGACGGCAAAGGCGUCGCCUGCCUCGACCACGCGUCGACCCUGCCCGCCGGCCCCAAGACGCUCCGGGUCCGGUUCACCGACGCCGAGCUGAGCCAGCUCGGGAACCGCGUGCACUCGCGCGCGCAGAAGGCGCAGCGUCAGCCCGACCCGUCGACGGGCCUCCUCGUCGGCAUGGACGCGCCGCGCCAGAGUGGCCGCAAGCGCAAGCCGUCGCAGGCGCUCCUCGAGGCGGCCGGCGAGGACACGCCGCCGGCGCCGCAGCGCGUCAAGCGCUCCGGCUCGGACGACGACGAGGACGACGACGACGACCAGGGCGGGUACGACGAGGCGCAGUACGACGACUUGUCGCGAGGGCCGCCGGCGCACGAGCCCCUCCAGCACCACGUCUCGUACCCGCAGCAGCCGCUCCAGCAGCACCAGCAGCAGCAGCAGCAGCAGCAGCAGCACCACCACCACCAGCACGCGCCGAUGCACGUCCAGUACGACUCGCAGGGCGACCUCGUCGUCGGCGCCGGCGCCGCCGUCGACCUCUCGAGCACGCACGGCGGCGCGCCGCAGCACAUGUCGGGCUACUAUCACGACCCGAGCGCCGCCGCCGCCGCCGCAGUAGCAGCGUACGGUCACGGUGCCGGUCAGGGCGGCGACGACAUCGUCGUCGACAGCGGGCUGUACACGCCAGGGCACUCGGCCUCGCCGGCGCCGUACGGCCUGCAGAGCGCCGCGCCGACCGGGUUCUCGCCGCCUCGCGCAGCACCAGCCGCACGGUCGAUGCCGAGCUUUGGCAGCCACGACGGGUGGUCGGGCUCGAGCGGGUGGCAGUAGCGCGUCGUCCUGCCCUUUCGUCCCCUCUUCUUUCCUCUCCUCUUUCCCUCCCUGGCUUUCUAUCUCGUCGGCCUCUCCUCCUCUCUCUGCGCCCCUCUGUGCCCCCGCCGUGUCGUCCCUGUGUCUACCCCUCUCCCCUCCUCUCGUCCCCCUCGCUCGUGAUAGCUCCUCUCUUUGCGCCCCUCCCCGAUCAACAACAUGCUGUACCUCGCCUGCCCCUUGCAUUGCACUGCCUCGUCUUGCUCUCU